AUGUCGGACCGCGCGACGGGUGGGCUUACAGUACUUCUUGCUGCUGUUGUAAUCGGCAUUGCACUAAGAAGCUACUUCACCAAACCAAAGCUGCCUCAUGGUAUUCGAUUUCCACCAGGGCCGACGUCGCUCCCAAUUUUAGGUAGCGCACUGGCAGUCGAUGUAAAUGCGCCUUGGAUUACCUACAAGGCAUGGGGCAGUCGAUACGGCGAUAUAGUUUAUACCAAGCUCUUUGGCCAGGAUAACAUAGUUGUCAACUCUGAGGAAAUCGCAAGAGAUCUCCUCGAAAAUCGGUCGCAAAACUACUCUGACAGACCAGAGAUUGCAACUAAUGAAUUAUUUGGCGUUAACCACACUACCGCGUUCAUGCGGUACAAUGACAGAUGGCGUCUUCAUCGCAAAAUUCUUCACCAGUCAUUCCGACAAGAUAUCGUACCCGAUUUUCGGCUCAUGCAAGUAGCAAAAACUCACGAACUUUUAUUGAAUCUGCUGGAGGAUCCUUCAGGCUACCCGAAACAUCUUGAAGUGCAUGCGGGUUCCAUAAUUAUGUCUGCCGUGUACUCAUAUGACGCAGCGCGUCGUAAAGACCAUAUGAUUGAGCGUGCAUUAUUUGCUCUGGAGAUCGUAUUGCAGGAGAUGAGACCGGAGGUAGCUGCGAUAUUCAGCGCAUUCCCCUCCCUUCUCCGUCUCCCGUCUUGGCUACCCGGCAUGCGGCUCAAGAGGGUUUCACAUUUAGCUAAGCAGUUAGCGCUUGAAAAUUUAGAAAUUCCGUUUGCGCACACGGAACACGGCCUGGCCGCCGGAACCGUCUCUUCUUGCAUGGUCGCUGACCAUUUGCUGAAGCUCGGUGAAAGUAACGGAGAUUCGGCUUUGCAGAAGAAAGCAGUAAUGGAUUCUGCAGCCACUGCGACUGGGGCGGGUGUAAUAAUGAACUUCAUCCUUGUGAUGGUUCUUCAUCCAGACAUACAAGAGAAAGCGCACAAACUUAUUGAGAACGUGGUUGGUACAAAGAGACUGCCGACGUUCCAGGAUCGCCCAUCGUUGCCCUACAUUGACGCUAUUUUGCGCGAGUGCCUGCGGUGGCACCCAGUGCUCCCACUAGCAAUCAUGCAUGCUGCCGUCGAAAGCGAUGUCUAUGAGGGCUAUUAUAUCCCCAAAGGUGCUACGGUCACCCCAAAUGUUUGGGCGAUGUGUCACAAUGAAGUGAAAUACCCACAUGCAUCUGAGUUCAAUCCCGACCGUUUCCUCAAUCCGGAUGGUACCCUGACAGACGAUACCGUCGGUAUUGUCUGGGGAUUUGGACGAAGGAUAUGCCCCGGAAGGCAUCUCGCUGAAGCAUCUGUAUGGUCUGCGAUGGUCCACUUGCUCGCGAUUUUCAAAUUUUCAAACGCCAAAGACGAGAAUGGUGAGGAAAUCGAGAUCAAGCCACGGUGGGAGGGAGGGCUUACUGUACGACCCGUGCCGUUCCCUUGCAGUAUCACUCCGCGGAAUGCAGGGAUGGAUAUCGUAGCCCUGCAGCAUCUGAUUGAGGUAUCUGUUUAG